ACGUCUUGGAUUUAAAGGGAACCCAGUUAAAACCCAGUUAAACAGGGUGAGAUCCCUUUUUAAACAGAUAUAGACCACUCCAUUCACAUAGCUGUGUUGCCUUACGUACACACAAGACAGAGCUUGCGUUGCUAGGGUUACCCGUGAACAAAGAACAAUCUGAUUUUGACUUUGCUGGACAGAGAGAGUCCCAGACUGCGAUCGCAGAUAGUUUGUCCAAAAACUGACUGAGUCUUUGGGGAGUGAGCAUGCAUGCCAGACAGUGAUGUGAGAUUUUAUUUUGUUUACUUCUUUGUCGUAAGCACGGCGUUCCCUCACGUCAGCUACAGUGACAAGUGGCUGCCUGAGAGUGUAAUUCAGAGAUUUCAGGUGAAAGUUCUUAGAUAAACAAGCUAGCAACUGAAGGCAGGAUUUCAUUUGAACAGAGUUGUCUGAAAAGAAGAUGUCCGCAAUGGUUUACCCAAGAGAAGAGAAACUAGAGAAACUAACCCAGGAGGAGAUCAUCUCCAACACCAAGGUGGUGAUCCAGGGACUGGAGGCCCUCAAAAAUGAACACAACUCCAUCCUCCACAGCCUUCUGGAGACUAUCAAGUGCCUGAAGAAAGAUGAGGAGGCCAAUCUGGUUCAUGAGAAGUCCAGCCUGCUGCGCAAGUCAGUGGAAAUGAUUGAGCUCGGACUUGGAGAAGCUCAGGUGAUGAUGGCCCUGUCGAACCACCUGAAUGCAGUGGAGUCGGAGAAACAGAAGCUGCGUGCCCAGGUGCGGCGGCUGUGCCAGGAGAACCAGUGGCUACGGGACGAGCUGGCCAGCACCCAGCAGAAACUGCAGAAGAGCGAGCAGAGCGUGGCCCAGCUGGAGGAGGAGAAGAAGCACCUGGAGUUCAUGAACCAGCUCAAGAAAUACGACGAGGAUGUCUCUCCCACGGAGGAGAAAGAAGGCGAGCCUCCGAAGGAUUCUCUUGAUGAUCUUUUCCCCAAUGAUGAGGAAGAGCACAGCCAAGGAAAGCAACAUCAACACAACAGCGCAGCGGUGGCUGCAGCCCAGCAGGGUGGCUACGAGAUCCCGGCCCGUCUGCGCACUCUGCACAACCUGGUGAUCCAGUACGCCUCCCAGGGCCGCUACGAGGUGGCCGUGCCACUCUGCAAGCAAGCCCUGGAGGAUCUGGAGAAGACUUCAGGACACGACCACCCCGACGUGGCCACCAUGCUCAACAUACUGGCCCUGGUGUACAGGGAUCAGAACAAAUACAAAGAGGCUGCACAUCUACUCAAUGAUGCUCUAUCUAUCCGAGAGAAAACACUAGGCAAAGAUCAUCCUGCUGUUGCUGCUACACUUAACAACCUGGCUGUCCUGUAUGGCAAGAGAGGAAAGUACAAGGAGGCUGAGCCACUCUGCAAGAGAGCCCUUGAGAUCAGAGAAAAGGUCCUUGGAAAAGAUCAUCCCGAUGUAGCCAAGCAGCUGAACAACUUGGCACUGCUCUGUCAAAACCAGGGUAAAUAUGAGGAGGUGGAAUAUUACUACUGCCGCGCCCUCGAGAUUUACGAGUCCAGGUUGGGUCCUGAUGAUGCUAACGUUGCCAAGACAAAGAACAACCUGGCUUCCUGCUACCUAAAGCAAGGCAAAUACAAGGAGGCAGAGAUUCUGUACAAGGAGAUUCUCACCAGAGCCCACGAGAAAGAAUUUGGAUCUGUGGAUGCUGAAAACAAGCCGAUUUGGAUGCAUGCAGAGGAGAGGGAAGAAAUGAGCAAAGGUAAACACAGAGACAAUGCUCCCUAUGCAGAGUAUGGUGGCUGGUACAAAGCAUGUAAGGUUAAUAGCCCCACUGUCAACACUACCCUGAGGAACCUGGGAGCGCUGUACCACCGGCAGGGCAAGCUGGAGGCAGCAGAGACCCUUGAGGAGUGUGUCAUGAGAUCAAGGAAACAGAGCACCACAGGCACCGACCCCAUCAACCAGACGAGAGUAGUUGAAAUCCUCAAGGACAGAGACACUCCUGAACGGAGACGAAGCUGCGUGAAGUACGAGAGCGGCUCGGAGGGAGGCGAGGAAGUGAGUAUGGGAGUAGAUUGGAACGGGGACGGCAGUGGGGCCCUACGUAGAAGCGGGUCUCUGGGGAAAAUCCGAGAUGUUCUCCGGAGGAGCAGUGAGAUGCUGGUGAAGAAGCUGCAAGGAAACGGGCCUCCAGAACCACGAAACACGAACAUGAAACGUGCUGCCUCUCUGAACUACUUGAAUAAAACCAGCGAUGACUCUUUCCAGGGUUCCGCGAGGGGGGGGCUGGCAGAGAGGCGGGGGCUGAGCUCCAGCACUAUGGACCUUUCACACAACGACUCUCUCUACAGCACCAACUGACACGCAACUUUCCUUCCAGCACCACUUCCCGAGGAACAUUCAUGUUUUUAAGAGCCUAAAUAAAAGACUUGUUUUUAUGUUUGUGUAGCUGACCAGACGCCGGCCCCACUGCCUUCUGUUGUCCUGUGAAUGUGUUGUGUAAACUACCAGCAGGCAGUGUGGCAUUUGAAAAGAAGUGAAUGCAACCCCUGGGAGCAUGUUAAAGAUCAUUUUACUGUACUGCAUGGUACACAGUGCAGCAACAGAAAAUCAAGAGAUGUUAAAAGCUAAUGGGCUAAGCUCCCACCAUUUGUGGCUUCGCUGUCUUGCACCAAGAAACAUCAAUUACAUUAAAUCAUCUGUAUCUGCCAUACUAGGUUUUGUACAAAAGAGUGGGUUCCAAGGAAUUAGUGUGCAUGGUUUGAAACCAUCAAAUGUUUAUUCAGUUAGGUGACUCUAGAAAUGUUGGAAAUAUAAAAAAAAUCAUAGCUGUAGGCUGAACGAUUAUUUUACUUUGUAUAUUACUUUUAGCGUUAAAAGGUCUGCAUUAAUUUUAGGUCUUAUGUUGUCAUGAAAUAAUAGUAGCCCAUCUGGAAUAUAUAUAUUGCUUUCUGAAAGUUUUUAAGGAUUAAUCUGUAGCUGAAAAAUGCCUUCAUAUUUCAAGCCUCAUUUUCUGUGAAUUUAUGUAAAUGGGGGGGGGGGGGGGGGGGGGGGGGUUGAUUUUACAAACCAAAUAGUGCUUUUUAAAAUCUUAUUAGCAGUUGUUAACAUUUGCAACGGUAUCUUUGGUCCCCUGACUGUUUUGUGUAAAAUAUGAGUUCUUUGCUUACGGGAUAUGUAGAUUUGUCAAGUACCGCACCAUAGAUUUAGCAGUACUGCCUCCCAAUACCUUCUCGCUUCCUGUGCUCGCUUAGGAGGCCUUGUGUUGUUGUAGCACAAGAAUGGAGCCGGCAAUAGGGAGAGGCAGUUUGAGUCAUUAGUGUGGCACUUGAAAAAUAUGCAGAUCUCAUCGUCAGGGGAAAAAAGUCUGGGUUAUCAUUGUAUUUUACUUAUUUUCAUAGUAAUUGAGAGAUCAACAACAAGGGGGGCAGUCCCAACAAAUUUUUGUUUUCAAAAAGUUUAGCAUUGAAGCAGAACAUCUCGAUGACAGCUUUCAUCAUGAACUCAGAACAUGAUGAAAGCUGAUAAACCCGUCAGCCACACGUGUACACACAGCACAGGGAUACUCGAUAAGGACACUCUUUUUAUACAGCAUGUUCUGGAAGGCAGAUUGUGUCACAGAGGAUGCACAGAAUGCAUUGCAAUGGAAUACAUGCAGAUAAUGUACACAUGCAGAGGCAGGCGUUUGUAUAUAUUUAAUUCCUCUUUUAAAUUCCGUAGUUGUGACACUGUCAAAAUCGGUAUUGUUUUUAAUUAAAAACUGUUAGAAACUGUUAUAAAGCCCACUUUAGAUGUAAACAAUUUUGUAGAAUUUUUCAUUUGAUUGUUGUAAUCAUUUUGUUACUGUAAUUCAGUUAAACCUGAAAAUAAAUGUUAUUUUGAAAAGAUUUAAAGCACACGUUGUAUAUAUGAUUAUGUGCAUGAAGGCCAAAACUAGUAUGUGGAGGGUUCCAAUAAUUACUGUGUCAGUAUGUCAUGUCAUAAGCUUCUGCCGUUUGUAUGCUACCACACUUUGAGUAAUGUUAGUUUUGAGGCUUUGGAAUUUGCUUCUGUGAAAUUCACCUGCAGCAGAUCUGAUUGCACUGCCUGACCAGUGUCAAGUCACUGAGAUCCUUCUGCUUUUCUGUUAUUGUUGCUGAAUAGUUUCACACAACUCUCUCACGGCUGAUAUAUGCAUAGACUUUGGUCUUGUGGGUCACAUCACAUAACCAAAUACAUGAGCUAACAUUCUCUUAUUGUUAGAGUGUAUGCUUUGACAGUCUUGUUUUUGGCAACUGUUCGAAUCACUGCCAGGUUUUGUCAAGACUUUUGCAUUAUUUACUCUUCAGCAGCUAGGCUGGGGUUGCAAAGGGCUUGAAUUACACUACAGAUUAUGCAACUAUCAUACUUGUGUAGAAAUACACACAUUUGACUGAAUGAAAAGGGAGGCAUUCGAUUGUGAAUCAUGUUUUAAUGCUGUAUGGGGAAUAAUGGGCACGUCCGGUUUAUCUGCCUCUACAUUCGUGUUGUGGAUGAGAGUAAACUCAAUGGCGUAAGAUCUGAAUCUGGAGUGAUUCUCAGGGUCUGUCAAACCAGACUGGGGUUAGGGGUUCUCAUGAUGUUGCUACACAGCAUUUCUCACGCAGAUAUGACAAGACAAAAGGGUUAGGUUAUGCAUACAACUGGCCACAGUAAACUACAGCCAGAUCCAAACCUAAUGUUGCAGUGGAGAGGAGCGAGCGCUCAGGCGCAGUGAUGUGGUGUAAGUAUGUAAUAUGGGUUCCUGGCCGUUGUAGUUGACCUGCUACUGCUGAAAAAUAAAAUACUUUAAAAUUGGAUUGAAAUGCCUGGUUUAAUUGCUUUAGUAAAACUUAUAUGAUUAAAAAAAGUAAGCUGUUUACACCUUCUGCCAUGCAUGUAUAUAAUCCAGUCAUGUCUGAAUAUGCACAUUAUGGUUUUUACUUUAGUAAAAAUUGUAUGAUUCUUUCAGAAUCGUACAAUGUGCAAUCAGUAUAUAUUUUAUUUUUAUUUCAAAUGUUGACAAAAAUAAAUACAUUCAAAUCAAAUGAAAUUGGAAAGCUCUACAAAGCUCUACAAAUGGUACGAAUUUAAAGCAUUAAGAAUCAAACCUAAAAUUAUCUGUAUUUUGCUAAAUGUAGUUAAAUGUAUGUUCUUGAAUUAAUAUUUACUUCCUUACAAAUGUCUUCAUUGGAAACACUGUGCUUUUCAUACGUUUGCUGCUCCAAGCUUAAGGGACUGUACCUUUUAGGGUUCAUUAAAAUGUUUUCGUUCAGAAGUAACACUUUGUAUAAUAGACCAUAUCCUAAUAACACUUAUGCACUGUUACUGGUGCCUGUUUGUAUCUAUAGGAAAUGCCAUUGCAUGUUUUUGUGCUUGCUGUGAAACAGGACCAGAACUUAGAGGCUUUCAAAUGUACCAGGACAAUUAGUUCAUUACAAAUGGAUGGUAAUCUUAAAAAACAGACCUCUCCUGAAAGUCACAGUUCCUUAAAGAAUGGUCUGGCUCUUGUCUGAAGUAUUGUUUUACUCAUGUGUUUAUUUGUGUUUGCUCAGGGUCAGUUUAAAUUUCAUGCAAUCCUAAAGGUGUUUUAUUUUUGUUAAUUUUUUUUAUUUAUUUUUAUUUUUUAAUUACCAGGACACCGAAUGAUUUUACCAGCAUGUUAACUGCUUAACUCAAUAAAUUAUGAACCUGUCA